CACCUCAUCACGCUAGGGGCGGGACAAGAGGGAAACUGCGUUUUCCGGCGCAAGAUGAUGGCGUCACAGGGGCGGGCUGGUACGUUCCGUUGCUUGGAUCUGUCCACCUAACUGGCCUGAAGACUCCCCUGUCGGCCACAAAUUGCAAUGGCCAUUUGCCAGUUCUUUCUCCAAGGCCGUUGCCGCUUUGGAGACCGCUGCUGGAACGAACAUCCCGGUGCUAGAGGUGCUGGCGGGGGACGACAGCAACAGCCCUCAGGUUAUAACAGGAGUGAAGGAAAUACCACCAGCCAGAAAUACUCCAAUAUCAUCCAGCCAUCCAGCUUCUCCAAAUCCACACCAUGGGGAGGCAGUAGAGAUCAAGAAAAGCCGUCUUUCAGUUCUUUUGAUUCUAAAGCUUCAACUACCAGAAACACAGGUUUUGGACUGUCUCAGAACCCAUUUGCUUCACCUAGCUCUGAAGAGCAGAAAGAUGAAAAGAAGCUUCUGGAAGGAAUCAUAAAAGAUAUGGAGAUUUGGGAGUCAUCAGGGCAGUGGAUGUUUUCUGUUUAUUCACCAGUGAAAAAGAAACCUAGUAUUUCAGGUUUUACAGAUAUUUCACCAGAGGAAUUGAGGCUUGAAUACCAGAACUUCUUAGCCAGCAAUAACUUACAGAGUUAUCUAAAUUCUGUCCAACAGUUGAUAAAUCAAUGGAGGAAUAGAAUAAAUGAACUGAAGAAUCUAAAUACCUCAACUAAAGUAGCUUUGCUUUCUGAUUUAAAGGAUGAAGCAAAUCAUGCAGCACCUACAUUUGGAUUUGGAAGCAGACAAGCAGGAACAUUUGGGUCACCAGGUUUUCCAGUGAGUAACAGCAGCACUACUAUUCCUCAGAAUUUUAGUUUUAAAACAAACCCUGGAAUUGUCGCUGUCCCUGAUGGAAGCCCUUCUGUGUUUGGGGCCCCUCUAGCGUUUGGAGCUAUGCCCUCUUCUAGUUCUGCCAGUUCAACUUCCACUCCAAAUUUUAGAUUUGGAAAACCUGAAAUCACUUCUGCUGCUUCAUUUUCAUUUAAAAGCCCUACAGCCUCUAGUUUUGGAUCACUCGCAUUUUCAGGAUUUCCAGCUUCCGUGGCAGCAGGUCCUUUUGGAGCUCCAGGGGCCCCAGCUUUCGGAAGUGGCAGUUCUGUGGCUGGUUUUGGUAGUCCUGGCUCACCUUCUCACACUGCUUUUUCUAAGCCAUCUAAUGACAGUAGAGCUACCUCCCUCACAGCCUCCAGUGUCACCGUUACAACAGACAACUUGUUAUUCACACCCAAGGAUCAACUAACAGCAGAAGAACUGGAACAAUUUCAAUCCAAGAAGUUUAUUCUGGGGAAAAUUCCAUUAAAGCCACCACCUGUGGAGCUUCUACAUAUCUAAAAGGGCAGUUUUAAAUACAGAAAAGAAUAAAGAGAUUGGGGGUCUUUUGGGAUUUUUUUUGAGUUAGGAAUCAUACCUGACUCUACUACUAAGCUAUGCUCACAGCCUUGGGAAUGGCUUUUCAAAUUGUCUUAUGUGGUUCAUAUAAAAGAAUAUAUAGAGAUACAUAUAGAUAGAUAUAUGUAUGUAUGAAUGUUUAUAUAUAUAUGUAUGUAUGUAUAUGUAUGUAUAUAGAUGCUUUCAGUAAGUUUGAGGAUAUUUAAAGUUUACCUUUCUUCUUGAGCCUAACUGCAUAAAACAUAAUAAAAUACAACAUCAACAAGGUAAUUUUUUUGGACUGUAAUUACAAAUGGAACUGAAAUAAUUUAUAUGUAUUGAAUAAAAUAAUUUUCUUAUUCUAUAUCACUUUACUACUUUAGAACUUAAAAAAUUUGUACUGAAUAAAUUAUUUUCUCACUCUGUA